AUGGACGACGAGGACACAGAAUCAUACAGAAGCGCAGACGUUGCCACAUUGCCUGAUUCACGGGCCUCUCCUGACUCUGACAGCAUGGAUGAUACCAGUGACUUUACCCAAUUAUACGACUCACGUCCGGUAUCUCCAGAGUACUCAGGGACAGCAGAGACAGAAAGGAUUGCUUUGGCACAGCGCAGCGCAGCGCAGCGAGGUCCGACCUGGCGUCGGCCCCUUUCGGCAGCCAUUACUCAACAAUCCUUCGUUGAUUUCCUGCGUAUCACAGAGGUGCCGCUCUGGGCAGUCGUUGAUUUUGGCACGCAUCACUACUUCCAGCAAUACACAUCUUCUGGAGCAGACAGGACAUCAGAACUUACGCAAUUGCUGUCUGAAAUUCGGGGAUAUGACAUGUCAGCUACAAUUGAGUUCUUUCUUCUCUUCCUUGAAGGGGAUCACCUGGAAACAUUCUAUGAAGAUCUGUGCUUGCAGAUCUACUGGUCUCUUCGCGGGGGAUCAAAAGGUCAGGGCCUCCUGGAAUCGUUCCUUUAUACCACCACGGGUAGUCAUAUUGAUUCCACAUAUGAUCCGGAAGAACGACCAACAAGAGCAGCUGACACCGUGCAGGCGAUUAUUGAUGUUCUUGACUCGCCAGUAUCCUCUCCGAAUGUACAUGGUGGUACAAUCUCGCAGGUUUCGAUGGAUGGACAUACAGAACUCUCUUCGCCCCUUGCAGAUUGCGCGUCCAGCGCGCCAGGAGAUACAGCAGAUGAUCUUUCCUCGGAAAUUGAGACACAGUCUCUCAUUCAGGGAGUGGCGCUCAGAUCAGACAUCACUCAGUACCUGCAAAGACAGCCUUCAGAGACGCUCGAUGAUGGUCAGCUGGCUUUGUAUCUGCAGUUUCGGGGUAUCUCCUUUGACGUUGUUAUGGACUGGGGAACCUUCUUUUAUCUCAGGCAAUAUGAGUAUGACGAUGAAGCCCAGUGCAAGGAGAUCACGCAACAUCUUCACGAUGAACUUGCGUCCAAGAAUAUCCACGAAGCUUUGUGCUUUUUCCGCUACAUGCUUGAGGGCCAAGAUAAAGAACAAUUUUAUGUGGAGAUUUACAAACAAGUUAUCUAUCGCAUACGGUCCCAUCCACGACCACCUUUCUUUGCGGAUGCCCUGCGUGCAGACUCGUUGCUGUCAGCCACAUCGGACAUUGCAGAUGCAGCAGGAUACAUGGCAAUGUGUGGCUACCAACAGGUGCACGCAGGAACGAUCGUUCAUUUUUCUGAUCUGCCGCUACUCAGUGUGUCCAGGCUCGAUAUUCACAACGACUAUCGUGCGAAUGCGAUCUUCAGAGUUUGGUCCUCAGUGGGAAAGUGGUUCAGUUUCGAUGCCAGAGUACCGAACGUUCUUCAAUUGCGCCUUGUUUUCGCUGCAGCGGAGAGCUUCUUCAAUGCAUGUGAUGUUCCGUGGUCGGUUGAUGCAUAG